UGCACUUAGGCAACCGGGCUGAUCGUUAUUGGAAAAUAAGUUAUAAAUACGUACAACGGAUUUCGUGAAAAGAAUUGAAAAUGAGAAGAAUGCUUGGUACGAGUGUAAUUGCAUCAAACAAACUCUAACGUCCACCAGAAUCCAAACCUCCCGUUAGUGCCGUCAGCUACACGCGCCGCCACCAAUGGGUGCCUUGGAACCCGUAGUGCCUAGAAAAAUUGCAGAAGAAACAGUGGAAGAAGAAGAAUAUGAUGAAGAAUCUAAGGAUUUGGAGAAUGGUGGGGUGAAUAUUCAAGAAAGAGCAGUUCAAAUUCAUCCCCCAAUAGAAUUUCAUAUGUCACGGAUGCAAAGAUUGAGUGCUACAAAUCCUUUAAGACUUGUCGUAGAAAAUUCAACAAGAGUUGCCUCUCCUUCUCCUUUGCAGCACCCUCCGCCUCGCCCUGCUCCUUCUGUUUCUCCUCCUCCUGUGCAGCAACCUGUGCCUCGCUCUACACCUACCCCUCGACAAUCAGUUGUAACACUGAAUUCAAGAUCAUACACAAACAAGAUUUCUCUGUUUGUGUUUCUUGUGCAUACGGUUAUUGCAAUUGGGCUGGUGGGUUUUCUUAUAUUUAAAGGGGUGCAAGGCCUAAUAGAAGAAGGGAGGGCUCAAAGAGAAGAGAAAGAGUUGUUGAAGUAUUUUCUGCCACAGGUUGAGGCUGCCUCGUUUCUUAGCAUUACAUUAGCAUUUCUUUGGCAAAAGGCAGUGAGAUUAUGGCCUAAAUUCAUGGUUCAUUUCAUAAUCUGGAGUUCCUUUGGCCUAACUUUAUCGGCCGGAAUCCUUUUAAUUUGCUUCCAAAGGCCUGCAACGAGUGGCGUUGGAGUUAUUUUUAUAGCAUUCGCCAUUGGUAAUGGAUUGUAUGCUUGUUGGGUUACACAAAGAACUAGUUUUUGCUCCAAGAUUUUCAUCAAAGCUCUUGAACCUGUGUCGAAAUUUCCUGAUUUAAAUCACCCCACUUAUUUAAUGCUUGGUGCCGGAUUUUUGUGGAUGUCAUUUUGGAUUUUAGCUGUUAUGGGAUCAUUGAAUUUUCAUGCUCCUCCAUUGAUUAUAUUCGCAUUGGUAUUGAGCUUGGCUUGGACUGCUGAAGUAAUGAGGAAUGUGGCUAAUUUAACUGUGAGUAGGGUGAUUGCUCUGUAUUAUCUAAGAGGAAUGCAAUCUAGUACUAAAUUUUGCUUCCAACGAGCGUUAUCUAACAAUCUUGGAAGUGCUUGCCUUGGUUCCCUUUUCGUGCCUGCAAUUGAAGCCCUGAGAGUUGUGGCACGCGGCCUCAAUUUGAUCGAGGGAGAAGAUGAAUUCAUGUUUUCUUGUGCUCAUUGCUGCCUCAGUGUCAUGGAAUCGAUCUUCAAACGAGGCAACGGUUGGGCCUAUGUUCAGAUUGCUGCAUAUGGAAAAGGUUUUGUGAAGGCAUCACAAGAUACAUGGGAGCUUUUUCUCAAGAGAGAAAUGGAAAGAAUUGUUGAUUCUGAUAUUACAAGUGCCAUUUGCUUUCUCACCGGAGUUUGCAGUGGCUCGAUGUGUACAAUUAUGGUGGCUGCUUGGACAGCCGCCGUGCACAACCGCUACACGGCCACCCUCUCCGUCCUAGCCGCCUUCAUCGGUUACCUAAUGACUAGGAUUGCAAUGGCACUGCCUCAAGCAUGUGUGAGUUGUUAUUAUGUCUGUUAUGCCGAAAAUCCGGAUAGUAGGCUCUUCGAUAACAUGAUACCGGACCGUAUCCAAUUGCUAAAAUCCGGUCGUGAUGUCGCGGUACCAACACCUCGAGUUCCUCGACGUUUCACAAGAUAAGUAGGUGUAGAUUUGAACACAUGAUUUUCGUUUGUCAAGGCAUACAAUUCCAAGUCUUACGCUACAUGGGCUCGGAUACAUAUCAAUGUAUUCGAAGUGCGAGACAUGAGUAGUCGAGUCGUGAUGCAUACAUCGAUGAUUGAACUGAAAAAGAUUGAAGACGUGAGAAAACUUGUCAAUUGCCCUGUCCAAUAAUUAUUGUUGUGGAUGGGUAUGAAGACCACGUAAUGAGGAUACUUGGAAUUAUUCUUUUGGGAUAUACGAUGAUGUCCUUCUCACCAUUAUUUAAUUGUCAUUAUCUUACUUUGGGAUAGCUUAUUUUUGUUUCAUUACGUGGCCGUAUUCUUUUGUGCACUCUUGUAAGAAUCAACUAGAGGAUUUUUCCUUAUUUUACUUGUAUUGUCAUUAAAAAAUAGCGUUGCUAGUUUCAAGGUAGCUUCUUGAAAUUGUACCAUUCUUUUCAAGAUUUGAAUUUGAAUCCAAAUUUGACCCGCAAAUGAAAGGUUGUUUUACAAAUUAA